AUGAAUAAUAGUACUGACACAAAUGAUAAAGUCAGCCAAAAGGAUGAAUUAACGGGGAUUAUUGUUGAAGACCAAACUGAACAACUUCCAUUUGGACUUAUGAAAUUUCUUUCUAAAGUUGAAGAAAUUAAGCAUCAACUUAUGAGUAUUGAAGAUAAUAAUGAGUUAAUGAAAAUUAAAUAUGAACGAAUAAUAAAACAAAUGAAAGUGUCAGAUGUUAGAAAUGAUUGUGAAGAAUUAAAAUUAUUAAUUCAAAAAAUAUGCUCAGAUGCAUUAAGAAUAGAAAAAGAAUUAGAAGAAUUUAAACAAGAAAAUGAUAAUAUUAAAAGAGAUAUUGAAUCAAAUCCAAUUCACCAAGUGGGAGAGAGUGAAUUGAGAAUUCGAGAAAAUCAAAUAUCUUUCCUUUCUAUGAAAUUUGUCGUAACAAUGAAAAAAUCUAGAACACUUCAAGAAAAAAUUAAAGAAGGAUUAAUAAAGAAUUACCAGAAACAGGUAAAACUUAAACUUCAAACAUUAAGUGUUAAAGAAGGAAAGAGAUUUCUUCAUCAAAUGAAACUAAAGAAAGAACCUUCAAAACAUAUUAAUAAAACACAAUCCAUUAAUACUUUGGCAUAUGUUAAAUCAAAACAUGACGAAAUCAUAACUAUCAUAAGAGGUAUUGAUGAAUUGGCUCAAACAUUUGUUGAUGCUGCAAUAUUAGUUGAAAUGCAAAGUGAAAUGAUUAAUAAUAUUUGUGAUAACUGUGAACAAGCAAAAGAGUAUACUACAGAAGCAUUAGUUAAUAUUAAGAAAGCACAAAGAAUCAGAAAACCAAAUCGUUUUAAAAAAUGGUCUAUUUUAAUUUGUAUUUGUCUUAUUGUUGUAAUAUUUCUUAUUGUUGUAGGAAGUAUACUUCUUCCAAUUAUUAUUAAAUCAGCAGAAUUUGCACUUGUAUAA